GGCAGGGUGACCCCCAACUCCCAGCCCCUCAGCUGCUUGUGCAGCUGUCAGGAAAACCAGGCCCUCAGCAGGCUGCGGCUGGGAUCAGAGGGCAGCUCAGUCCUGCCCCUGGCAGAGACUGAGGAGGAGUGGAAAGACGGUGCAGAUCAAGAAUUUUCCCAGUGGGGAAAUAUUAGAGGCCGAGAGCUUUGCCUGUGGGAAGAAGUGAGAGUCCAAGAGUUUUACCAAUGGCAAGAAGGAAUGAUAGUGCAGUGGGAGAUGUGCAGGGCUAUCCAGAUGUGUACCCACUGGAAGUGGACAAGAGAGACCGAGAGUUGUCCCACAUGGGAGACAAGGAGUUAUCCCAAGUAAAAGGCUACAAUGUCAAAGAGCUGCUCCAAUCGGAAAAAGACAAGAGUGACCAAAAGCUGUCCCAACAGGAAGAAAGUGUGAGCAGCCAGGGGCUGUCCCAAAGGAGAGAAAAAGUCAGUUACAAGGGCCGGGACAAAUCCUUGCGCACAGAGAACGAGGAUGCUCAGACUUGUGCCCAGCAGAGGCCAAGCUCUCCUAGCAGCAUAGGCACUAAGGUGAUAAGAAAGGCAGGCUGUGAGCUGCCCAGCACCUCUCCUGCCCUGGGAAGUCCCAUGGAGGCUGAGCCAGCAGCUGUUGCCGCCCUGGCUGGAUCUGCUGAGGAGGACAAGCCUCCUGAGCCUCUGGCUUCUGAGGAAGAAAAAGCACCAGAUUCUCCUGUCCUCAGUGGUGAGAUUUCAUUGUCAGGAACAGAGAACCAAGCCUCAUGCAGUCCCCCAGGCUGCAGCCAGGCUCUGCUGGAUUUAGCAGGGCACAUCAGCUCUGAGGUGGUGGGCAAGGCUGCACUUGGGGUCCAGGCAUCUGGCCAGCAGCCAAAGGAACAGAGGGACCCAGAGCAAAGCACGGCUGCAGAACUGGAAGCAGCAGCUCCAGUAGAAAGGGAAGAGACACCAAUCUCUGUUCCACACAGCCCCUGCUGCCCACCCAGCCCCUCACCCCGCCUGUUGGGAGGGCAGGCCCUGACUGAGCAGCAGGAGGAGGCAGACAGGAGAUCAGUCCUGUCAGAACAAGAGAGCGAGGAGAGCACUUUGGCUGGGGAGCUCAAGGUUUGCCCUUGUGAUGAUAAGAAAAACCCAGAGGUCUCCCAAGGAGAAAUGAACAAAUACCAAGAAGUGCCCCAAGGGGAAGCCUGCACAGAGCAAGAGCUGUCCCCAGGAGAAGCUGAUAGGUACCAAGAAUUGCCCCAAGGGGAAGCCUGCAUGGAGAAAGAGCUGUCACGAGGAGAAGCUGGUACCUACCAGGAAUCAUUCCCAGAGGAAGCCUGCACAGAGAAUGAGCUGUCCCCAGGAGAAGUUGGUAGCUACCAGGAAUUGUCCUCAGGGGAAGCCUGCACAGAGAAAGAGCUGUCCCCAGGAGAAGUUGGUAGCUACCAGGAAUCAUCCCCAGGGGAAGCCUCCACAGAGCAAGAGCUGUCCCCAGGAGAAGUUGGUAGCUACCAGGAAUUGGCCCAAGGGGAAGACUUCACGGAGCAAGAGCUUUCCCCAGAAGAAUCCAGGAGCUACCCAGAAUUUUCUGACUGGAAAGAAUAUAAGGAGAAAGGGUUUUCCCAAGAAGUUGGUAGCUCCCAAAAAAUGUCUACCUGGGAAGAACACAGUGAGGGGUCCCACGAAGUCAGUAGCUACCUAGAACUCUCUGAUUGGGAAGAGCCCAUUGGCCAAGAGCGUUCCAAAGUGGAAGAUUCCAUUGGCCAGAAGGUGUCCAAAGGGAAUGUUAACAGACCUUCCAUACAGUCCAGCUGGGAAAAUGACAGUGAUAAAGAGCUCAUGCAGGACAACUGGGAACACAUGCGCUGCGGUGUCCACAGCACCAGGGUCAAGCCCUUGCUGCAGGAGGAGGAUGAGCUGGACAAUCUGAGCGUGCUUGAGCUGUUUGAAGAAGAAGACCAAGAGCAAAGACUGGCAGGCUUUGCAAAGGAUGGGCUCCCAGUGCCGGUCCCUCGGGAGGCUUGGGUUGAGCGCCCGGCAUUCGAGCCAUACUCCCAAGUGCCAACCAGUGCCUUGCCUUGCCAUGUGAAAACCCAAGCCCCCAGAGGACAUGCAGUUUCUCCUGCCUCCAAGAGGCAGGUACCAGAGGUAGGACCUGUCCCAUACAGCUGCCCCAGGUGCUCAGUUCCCCAGCUGGGAGCCCAGGCCUUCAGGCGGCAGCCAGCUCCCCACAGGAGACGUCCCUCCCGUCUCCGACAGGCGUUGUUCAGCCUGUUCCGCUGCCCCUGCCUGGUGCCACAGCCUGAAGAUUAGGGCCUGCUGCUGGUGCCAGCCUGGCCCCAUAGAUGCCAGGUGGCCUGCAGCCUGCCCAGUGUCCUGAGGGAGCCACAUGGCUGCCUCUGCCUCAAAAUGUCCCUGCAGCUUCAGCAGUGCUCGGCUGCUUUGGAGCAUUCCAAGCGGUUGUCCCAAAGACCAAAUAUUACUUGCCCCAAACCAGCACUCCUGGGGGACCUUUUGUGGCAGGUGGCUCAGUGGUGAAUCCCAGAGAAUCAUUAAGGUGGGAAGAGACCUUGAAAGUCAUUAAGUUCAAACCGUCACCCUGGCAUCACCAUCAUCACCCCAAAACCAUGUUCCCAAGCACCACAUUCAGACAAUUCUUGAACAUUUUCAAAGAUAGUGACUCCACAACCUCCCUGAGCAACUUCUUCUGAUGCCUGACAUAUCUGUCAGGGAAAUAUUGUUUCUUAUGUUUAAUCUGAACCUUCCCUGG